GCGCGGAGAAGUCGCAGUGGGCGGCGCGUCGGUCGCCGGUCGCAACGCGGCGUGCCUGCCCGGCCGCGAGUGUGCGCACAGACGCGCGACGUUGCGCCAGUCGCGUCGCACCUCCGUCGCGAGUCGGUGCGCUUUUUCGUCGCAACACAACCACUGACUAGAAUUCAAAUCGUAAAUCACUCGCGUUCUCUUCAACAAUUUUUUUUUAAGCCCCUUUGUUGUUGUAGCACUUAUAAUGACGGCUAUUGAGUAAUGGCUGUAUAAUUCUGAUGCCAUAGUCGUUUUUUUUUAAGUCAUUUUGACGUUUCAUGUUUUUCGAGUAUAUAGUAAAAAUGUUGGAGUUUAAUCCGGUAUGUCUGAUAGAGGAGAUACAGAAGCGACCGGGUCUGUACAGUUCGGAAUGUCCCGCCGAUCGCGAGGAGAAGUUGGCUCUGUGGAAAGAGGUCGGGUCGUCGAUGUUCCCCGACUGGGAUACUAUUAAUAAAGCAACUGCGUACGACAGGGUACUACAACUGCAGAGGAAGUGGAGAUCCCUACGAGAUGCUUACAACAGGGAGCUAAGGGCUCGUCGCUCCGGCGUUAGGAUACACAAGAGAACGUACAGGCACUUCAAGAGAAUGAUCUUCCUGGGCGGCUAUGAGGGGCCCAUCAGCGACGGAGAUAGCGAUUCGAAAGACGAGGACGGAACCCAAGACAACAGCGGCAGCAACCCAGAGACACAGACCCCAGAGCCGAUAGAGCCACCAAAGAAAGUCAGAAGGAAAAAACGCAAGCGACAGCCCAGUUGCGAUACCUAUCCAACCCAGGAAGUCGAGAUGCCCGUGUUCCCGGUCGACAUUGACAGCACGACUGACACUGACAGUGACAAGCUGUUCCUCCUGUCAUUCUUGCCCGAGAUGAGGCAGUUGCCGGUCCAUUUAAAGAUGUGGGUUCGAUCGCAGAUCGCCAAUACGAUGCAGGAGGCGGUUACGAAUCAUUAUAACAGCACAAAAUCGUUUGGUAUGGAGCGAAGUGACAUUAAGAGACCUCGGAAAGACAGUACUGAAUAGGAUUCUUUUUAAUAUCAUUGUCGUUACGUCUGCAAUGGCAAAGACACAGCCAAACCCCUGCCUGCUGCUAGGUUUUCGAGAAAUCUAGACUGUUUUGGCUUCAUUCAUAUCACGAUUCGGUAAUUGGACAUUUAUACAGGGCGUGACGAUUCUCCGAUUACUGUACUAUAAUUAAAGAUUUGGUUUUAGUAGAAAAGAAAAUAUUUAAUAUUGUUUAAGGAA